UCAGCGACAGCGACCCGUGUAACGUGUGUCUUUUGCCUUCAGCAGCGUAUUUUAAAAACAGAAAAAUUGACUUCUCGUCGUCUUCUCCCGUUGGAUAAUUUGUGGAGUCUGUUUGAAAAUAUCACGGAUUAAUCAAGAGACGGAGGAAUCGGAGACAGGCGUCCGUUUUGGUGGGGGUGAAGUCAUACGGGAGAGAGAUCGCCUUUGCGGAGAAUAUUGGAAAGGGGGAUUUUGCGUUGGACGUCGCGUGGUUUGUUGAUACUUGAUUGGUGCAGCUACUGGGACUUGAAUUAAGUCAGGAUGGGGAAGGCGCGCUGGUUGCGCAGUGCACUGGCCGUGCUCAGCCUGUCCGCUGUGCAGGGCUUCUACCUGCCGGGUCUGGCGCCCGUCGACUACUGCAACAAGAAGGCCAUCGACGCGGGACAGCAGGGCUGCACUCCCAACUCCGACCAGCUGGCGGUGUUCGUCAACCGGCUGAACUCGGAGCACGCCACCAUCCCCUACGAGUACCACUACUUUGACUUCUGCAAGGUGGACGACAAGGACGAAUACAGCAACAGUCCGGUGGAGAAUCUGGGCCAGGUGGUCUUCGGGGACCGUCUGCGGCCGUCGCCCUACGUGCUGACCUUCAACGAGGACAAGAGCGGCUGCGUGGAGGUGUGCUCGCGCAGCUACGACCUCAGCAAUCAGGAUCAGCUGGAGAAGGUGCGCAAACUGCGCGCCGGCAUCAAUCUCAACUACCAGCACCACUGGAUGCUGGACAACAUGCCCAUCACCUGGUGCUACCAGGUGCAGGCCACCGCCGCCGACGGCACGGCCGUCUCCAGUCCGGAGCAGUACUGCUCCAUCGGCUUCCCCAUGGGCUGCUAUAUCACGCAGGAGGGCCAGCAGAAAUUCCCUUGCCCCAUCCAGGACGAGGUGGCGCGGCGGAAAGAGGGCUUCUACAUCUACAACCAUGUGGAUUUGGUGGUGCACUACCACCGCGUGGACGAUGCGGACACCGAGGCCACCCGCGCCCGCAUCGUGCGCAUCGACAUCAAACCCCGCAGCUUCGACCACGGAGUAUGCGACUUUCAGAGACAGCCCCACCUGCGACUCCUUCCGCCGCUGGCGCUGCCGGCCGACGAGAAGCCGGAGAAGGCCGGCGUCUUCAACCUGACGUACACCUACUCGGUGCGCUUCGUCAAGGAGGACAACAUCAAGUGGUCCAGUCGCUGGGACUACAUUCUGGACAGCCAGCCGCAGUCGAAAAUCCAGUGGUUCAGCAUCCUCAACUCGCUGGUCAUCGUCCUCUUCCUCACCGGGAUGAUCGCCCUCAUCCUUUUACGCACACUGCGCCGCGACAUUGCCCGCUACAACCAGCUGGAGAACAGCGACGACGCGCAGGAGGAGUACGGGUGGAAGCUGAUCCACGGCGACGUGUUCCGCGCCCCGCACAAGGGCAUGAUCCUGUCGGUGCUGGUGGGCUCGGGCAGUCAGGUGCUGGUGAUGACGCUCAUCACGCUGGUCUUCGCCUGCAUGGGCUUCCUCUCCCCGGCCAACCGGGGCGCGCUGAUGACCUGCGCGCUCUUCCUCUACGUCUGCCUGGGCACCGUGGCGGGAUACGUGUCGUCGCGGUUGUACAAGAUGCUGGGCGGCGAUCGCUGGAAGGCCAACGUCCUCCUCACCGCGCUCCUCUGUCCCGGGGUUGUCUUCGGCAUCUUCUUCGUCCUGAACAUCGUCCUGCUGGCGGAAGGCUCCUCAGCGGCGGUCCCCUUCACGACGCUGCUGGCCCUGUUGGGCCUGUGGUUCGGCGUGUCCGUUCCCCUGACCUUCUUGGGAGCUUACUUCGGAUUUAAACGCCGGCCUUUGGAGAAUCCCGUCCGCGUCAACCAGAUUCCGCGCCAAAUCCCCGACCAGACCUGCUACACCCGCCCCCUGCCCGGCAUCCUGAUGGGCGGGAUAUUACCCUUCGGCUGCAUCUUCAUCCAGCUGUAUUUCAUCCUUAACAGCAUCUGGGCGGACCAGACGUACUACAUGUUCGGGUUUCUAUUCCUGGUGUUCCUCAUCCUGCUGGUGACCUGCUCGGAGACGGCCAUCCUGCUGGCCUACUUCCACCUGUGCUCGGAGGACUACCGCUGGUGGUGGCGCUCCUUUUUAACCAGCGGCAUGACGGCGGGAUAUCUGGCUAUUUACUGCGUGCACUACUACGCCACCAAGCUGGACAUGACGGGCGCGGCCAGCGGGUUUGUCUACUUUGGCUACACCCUCAUCAUCGUCUUUCUGCUCUGGCUCCUCACCGGCACCAUCGGCUUUCUCGCGUCGUACUGGUUCGUGCGGAAGGUGUACGGGAGCAUCAAGGUGGACUGAGGAAGAAGGAUCGUCCAGUGGAGCGUUGAUUAAUCUGUCGGCGUCGUUUGUGCGUGUCUGCUUGAUCUGUUUCUUAUGAUUCCAGUCAGUAGUAUAGUGUGUUUUGUUUUCCUUAAUCUGCCGCCGUUAAGCCUUGCAUAUCGUAAUUUAUCCCUUUUCAGUUGUCACCUCCUGCUAAAUGUCAGUCAGCCGCUAACUGUCAAAGUCUGCUGCAGAGCUCUUAUUCAUUUCGGCAAAGUUUAUAAUAUUCCGCAGAGGAUCUUCUAGAUUGAGCUUAAUGUUAGUGUGUUGGCAACCCGAUGGCUGAUUUUCUUUUUGUAAAGUUUUUUGUUUGUUCGAGCGCUUGUGCUUUUUCGUUCCGUCGAAUGUGAUCACAUUCACGCGUGUCCGCAGCAGUUUGGCUAUUAAAUUUAUCAAUUA